UCCUCUUCUUCGUCCUCCUCCUCCUCCUCCUCGUCCCCCCCGUGCCCCUCCGCCUGCUCGUGCAGCGGCCAGCUGGGCAAAGUGGUGUGCACCCGGCGCGGCCUUUCCCGCGCCCCCGCCGGCGUCCCCCCCAACACGCGGUACCUCAACCUGAUGGAGAACAACAUCGCGCUGGUGCAGGCCGACACCUUCCGCCACCUGCACCGCCUGGAGGUGCUGCAGCUGGGCCGCAACGCCAUCCGCCAGGUGGAGGUGGGCGCCUUCAGCGGCCUGGCCAACCUCAACACCCUCGAGCUGUUCGACAACUGGCUGACCGUGGUGCCCAGCGGCGCCUUCGAGUACCUGUCCAAGCUGCGCGAGCUGUGGCUGCGCAACAACCCCAUCGAGAGCAUCCCGUCCUACGCCUUCAACCGCGUGCCCUCGCUGCUGCGCCUGGACCUGGGCGAGCUCAAGAAGCUCGAGUACAUCUCGGACGGCGCCUUCGAAGGCCUGGACAACCUCAAGUACCUCAACCUGGGCAUGUGCAACAUGCGCGAGGUGCCCAACCUGGCGCCGCUGGUGGGGCUGGAGGAGCUGGAGCUGUCGGGGAACCACUUCCCCCGCCUGCGGCCCGGCGCCUUCCGCGGCCUGCGCGCCCUGCGCAAGCUGUGGAUCAUGAGCUCGCAGAUCAGCCUGAUCGAGCGCAACGCCUUCGACGAGCUGACGGCGCUGGUCGAGCUCAACCUGGCCCACAACAACCUGUCGGCCCUGCCCCACGACCUCUUCGCCCCGCUGCGCUUCCUGGUCGAGCCUCACCUCCACCACAACCCCUGGGCCUGCGGCUGCGAGGCGCUCUGGCUGGCGGCCUGGCUCCGCGAGUCCCUGCCCAGCAACUCGUCGUGCUGCGGACGCUGCCACGCGCCGCCGGCCAUGAGGGGCCGCUUCCUGCUCGAGGUGGAGCGGGCGGCCCUGCGUUGCUCAGCGCCGUUCCUGGCCGACGCUCCGGCCGACCUCAACAUCUCGGAAGGCCGCGGGGCGGCCCUGCGCUGCCGGACGGGCGCCAUGGCGGCGGUGCGUUGGCUGCUGCCCGACGGGGCGGUGCUGAGCCACGCGUCGGCCCGCCCGCGCCUGGCCGUGCUGCACGACGGCACGCUCAACUUCUCGCACGUCCUGACGGCCGACACCGGCCUCUACACCUGCAUGGCGGCCAACGCGGCCGGCAGCGCCAACGCCUCGGCCUACCUCAACGUCAGCGCCGCCGAGCUCGACGCUUCGGCCUACAGCUUCUUCACCACCGUCACCGUUGAGACCACCGAAGCGGGCCCGGACAACGACGCCGCCGCCGCGGCACCCAAAGCGGCCAAAGCCGUUCCUCCGACGGCACCCACCGCCUACCGCCCGGCCUACACCGCCACCGCCACCGUCCUGGUGCGGGGCACGCGCCGCGGCCCCACCGCCCCUUCGUCGCCGGACUCCGACAACCGCGAGGCGCCGCACACCAGCCUGGACGAGGUGAUGCGCACCACCAAGAUCAUCAUCGGCUGCUUCGUGGCCGUCACCCUGCUGGCCGCCGCCAUGCUCAUCGCCUUCUACAAGCUGCGCAAGCGGCACCAGCGCCGCGCCACCGUCACCGCCGCCCGCACCGUCGAGAUCAUCCAGGUGGACGAGGACGUGGCCACGGCCGCCGGAGCCGGGCCGCGCGGGGACGGGGCCGGGGAACACCGAGAACGCCCGGCGCAUUGCCCGCCUCCCUGGACCGAGAACAGCGCCCUGCACGCGCCCGGAGCCCCCCGAGCUGAGCCCUUCCUGCUGCACCCGCACUGCGCCAAGGACAGGGUGCAGGAGACGCAGAUCUGA